AUGCUUGUGAUUUUCUCCUUAUUGUUUAACCUCUACGGCUUCUGCCUUGGAUACCGCAACGCCCCAGAUUCACGUAUGUCUAAUCUUCCUUCUACUGUAAGAGAGUUCUGUCAGAAACACGGAAGCUUCAUGGAUGACACCACUCGCUCAAAAAUUCUAGAAUUUCAUAACGGAUUUCGAACUCUGCUCGCUGAGGGAAUGUCGCCAGGUUACGAAGGCAACUACCUUCCAGCCGCAAAAAAAUUAUACAAGAUGAGGUGGAAUUGCGAACUCGAAGAAAAGGCACUGGAAAUGACGAAGAAUUGUUCACAUUCGAUAAGCGAGAAGCUGGACCUUGGUCAGAAUGUAUACUACGCCUAUGACGGAGACUACGUUUACGAUGCUGGAAAACAUAAAGUUAUCAAUGAUGCAAUGUACCAAUGGACAAUGCCUGGAGAGUACUAUGCCAUGAACCAACAAGUGUUCGACGACAAUCGUUUGUACACUUUUGCAAAUAUGGCUUAUCAGGAUAUCUACGAGGUCGGUUGCAAUUAUGAACAGUGCGUUGACGAGAACAACUUUGUAAUUGAAGCAUCGGUUAUGUGUAUUUACAACAAAAAGUAA